CGGCUCUGGGUCGGGCGAGGAGCCGAUUGCUUCCAGCGAGUAGAGCCAGGGGGAGCCCCAGGCCGGCCGGGCGGGCCGAGAGCUUCCAGCGGGCAGAGCUAGGGAAGCCCCAGGCGGGCCGAGCGUUUCCAGCGGGCAGAGCCAAGGGAGCCCCGGGCCUCUGGGAAGAAGACCCGCGUCUCUCCAGCCCAGAGCCCGGUGCUUCAGGCUGGCCGGCUGGCCCCUGGUGCACAGCAUCCCCGUGUCCCCGGGCAAAGCCCACUGUCCCCAUGGCCGCGGCCAAGACUGAGAUGCAGCUCCUGCCCCCCCUGCAGAUCUCUGACCCCUUCGGCUCCUUCCCACACUCUCCCCCCACCAUGGACAGUAACUACCCCAAGCUGGAAGAGAUGGGGGGCCCUCAGUUCCUCACCUCCAACGGGGCCCCUGAAAGCAGCGGAUUCAACCCCCCCGGAGAGCAGCACUUCGAGCACCUCGCUGCAGACACGUUUCCCGAUAUAUCUCUGAAUAAUGAGAAAAGCCUGGCUGAAACGAGCUACCCCAAUCAGACGAGCCGGCUGCCACCUAUAACCUACACAGGCCGCUUUUCUCUGGAACCAGCCCCCAACAGCAGCAACACUCUCUGGCCAGAGCCUCUGUUCAGUCUCGUUAGUGGGCUGGUGGGCAUGGCGGACCCACCCAUCACUUCUACACCUUCUUCAUCACCAACAUCCUCAACCUCACAGAGCCCGCCCCUGAGCUGCUCUGUCCAGGCCAGUGAGAACAGCCCGAUCUAUUCAGCAGCACCAACUUUCUCCAAUUCUACCUCCGAGAUUUUCCCGGAACAGCAAACCCAGUCCUUCCCAAAUGCACCCAAUACCUCUCUCCAGUACCCUCCCCCAGCUUAUCCGGGUGCUAAAACUAGCUUCCAGGUGCCAAUGAUCCCGGACUAUUUAUUCCCCCAGCAACAGGGGGAAUCUAUCAACCUGGUCCCAGCUGAUCAGAAACCAUUUCCAACACUAGAAACCAGACCUCAGCAGCCCUCUCUCACGCCUCUCUCCACUAUCAAAGCUUUUGCUACCCAGACCAGCUCCCAAGAUCCUAAGACACUAAACACGACGUAUCAGUCCCAACUCAUCAAGCCAAGCAGGGUGCGAAAAUAUCCCAACCGUCCUAGCAAGACCCCUCCUCAUGAGAGACCCUACGCAUGCCCAGUGGAGUCCUGUGACAGAAGGUUUUCCAGAUCUGAUGAGCUGACCCGACACAUUCGGAUUCACACAGGACAAAAACCUUUUCAGUGCCGUAUUUGCAUGAGGAAUUUCAGCAGAAGCGAUCAUUUGACCACUCAUAUCCGAACACACACUGGGGAGAAGCCAUUUGCUUGUGAUAUUUGUGGUAGAAAGUUUGCCAGGAGUGAUGAAAGGAAGAGACACACUAAAAUUCACCUGAGACAGAAGGACAAAAAAACAGAAAAGGCAACUCCAGCCUCUCCUGCUCCUCAGAUUUCUACCUACUCCUCCCCAAUGACAACUUCCUACCCAUCUCCAGCCACCACCACUUUCCCAUCUCCAGCACCUACAUCAUAUCCCUCCCCAGUGUCCUCUUCCUAUCCAUCUCCAGCACACAGCACUUUCCCUUCCCCCUCUGUAGCAACUACAUAUCCUUCUGUUACAGCCACCUUUCAGGCCCAAGUGUCUACCACUUUCCCUUCUCAAGCCAUCACCAAUUCUUUCAGCUCACAAGGGACUUCAGCACUUUCAGAAAUGUCAACUUUUUCUCCAAGGACAAUUGAAAUUUGUUGAGACUGUAAAGCUAGAAAUGUUCAAAUAGGUGAUUGGUACUAUCAGACUGCACUGAGUCUGUCAGUUACUGAAGAACAUCAUAGGUAGCAAGGCCAUCCUAACUUUUCUUUAAAUUUCAACUGCCUGAAACAAAUGCCAUUUAAGUUCUCAACUUCUGUCAAAAGACUUAAUUUGCAUGGACAGUAGAUAUAAUUUCCCCAUAAACAUAUUUUUUUUAAAUUGAACUUUUAUUAAAUGCAUAGACAAUGUAAAAUGUACAUGUGCUAUGGAAUGGUUUUGCUUUCUUUGGGUACUAUAGAUGUGAAAAUUAUUUGCGUACUCAUGUUGUAUUAUUUGAAACAGGCCCAUAUUUUGUAAAUGGUGAUUCUAUUUUAGUGACUAUGCUAUAAUGAGUUUUAAAGUUUGAGAACAACACUUACUACGUAUUCAAGCAUGUAAGAGUGAUGUUAUGUAAAUAUCAACCAAUGAGACACUCAUAUGGCAAAAGUUUUUAAAGUUACAUGUUUUGGUGCCUUUUUGUGAAGCCUUGCUGAUGUCAUGCACUUGUGUGAAUAGAUGCUUUGCAUCUAGCCUUAAGGUGAAAGGGAUUUUAUUCAAGGAAUGUAAGGGAAACAGACUGGGGGUGGGGGGUGGAGAGGACUUAGAAGGCGCUAGAGGACAGAAUGUAAACAGUGCAAAAACAAACCCCUCUUAAAGUCUAUUUUUGUUACUGAAAUGUAAAUUUAUAUAUAUAUUCAGAAGUUGGAAUGUUGUAGUUUACCUACUGAGUAGGCAGCAAUUUUAUAUGUUAUGAACAUGCAGUUCAUUAUUUUGUGGUUUAUUUUUAUUUUGUAACUGUGUGUUGAAACAAAAGUGACUGGUUUAGCUUAAACACAUUGAAUGCGCUUUACUGCCAAUGGGAUAUUUGGUGUACAAUACCUUUUGGAAAAAGUAAAUAAAAUAUCAAAACAAUGUA